GUAAUAAAUAGUUCACAAUAAAGAUGUCGCUGAUCGCAUACUAAGAUGUUCGAUGUAACAAAUGUGCUGCAUAUUCGAACUGUGAUACAGUAGUACACGAGGUUAUAAGACACUGAAAACUGGAGCAACAAAAUUUAUGAAAAGCAAGCUGAUUAAGACUCUGGAUAUCAAUAAGAAAGCUGCACAAGAAUAAACAGUUACUCUGGAUAUUUAUGAAAAUGGUUUACAAUCAGAAGUCAAGCUGGCGUUAAAUACAAAUUGUCUUUCGGAGCCUCACAAGUUUAUGAAUAAUUGAACUGAAGAAAGGAUUAAUCAGCUUCAACCCUCUUGUACAAUGGUCAAGUAUUACGAGAACAGCACUGUCUUCCAGUUUAGUUGGGAUCAGGUGGCACGAGGUUUCUGGCAUCGCUACCCAAAUCCUCAUAGCUCACAUGUACUUUCGGAAGACACAAUAUCCAGAGAAGUUAAAGAUGGCAAACUCUACUCGAAAAGACUACUUACCAAGACUAAUCGAGUACCCAAAUGGGGCGAAAGGUUUGUCAGUAAGAACAUUGUCAAGAUCGUUGAAGAAAGUGUUGUUGAUCCUAAGGAAAAGACCUUCACAACUUACACCAGGAAUCUAGGAUACACAAAAGUCAUGAGUGUCAUCGAAAAGGUAGUUUAUAGAGUGUCCGAAGAAAAUCCCAAAUGGACUGUGGCAGUGAGAUCUGCCUGGAUCGACAGUCAUGUAUUUGGUUUCAGCCGUGCCAUACAGGCAUUUGGUCUGGAUAGGUUUAAAAAGAAUUGCUCCAAGAUGUCUGGCGGUUUUAAUUACGUCCUGGCACACAUGUUUCCGACCACUGCACAAUACAUGAAUCCUAACUUAUCACAAAUGGGUUUUGCUGACAGAAUGGGUGAACCAUCAAUGACUAAGUUAAGUCAUGCCGCAGAGGAUCUUCAACACAGUUUCCACGACAAAGCAGAAAAAAUGAAAGAUGCUGCUAAAAAGGCAACUGACCUCGCCAAGAAAAACGCUGGACCUGUGUACGUAGCCUGUCAGCCCAAUCAAUCGUAAAAAGACAAUACUAUAACUACGCCAUUAUAUCUCCGUACUGAAACAUGUACGAAAAAAUCCUAUUAUUAAAUGCUUUCCUCCUAUUCGGUUGGAUUCCUGAUGAGCAUUAUAAUAGAGAGUGGUCGAAUACUUCAGACUCUAGACUCUGUUCAGUUUUCUACUUUGCCCAUAAGGAAAUAUAAUUUCGAUAAAGAAUAUCUUGGGCUUAAGGUAUAAAACGAAAAAGAAAUAGUCAUUCCUUAUAACUGCCAGUCGCUUAGAUCAUUUCAGAAUCAUCGUUUCCACUGCGGUUGGACAUGAUUCUUAUUCUUUGAGUAUUACCGCAUUUUUCUCACUCUUAUCUCGAGUUUCGGAUCGAUAACAUACUGUUUAGUAAAAGUUACCUAAUAUUUAUUUGUCAGCUAGUUAAUUACUUGCUUAUUACUACAUAUUGAUCCUAAAUUAAAUAAUAUAAUAGAUUGGAGAAAAAAUGUACCACUCCAUUUGCCUAUUGAUUUUGCAUGUCUAUUUCUAAUGAAAACCAUGUUGUCUUCUUUUUUCUUAGUCUUGUAUUACCUUCCGUGAGGUAAAUACCCUUUUAUAUAUUAUCAUGUUUUCACCAUAUCUCAGGUGCGUUUGCAUUUUCCCAUAAUUUUUUCCGCAUCGAAUCGCUGACUCGGGAUCUGCAAUCAAGACUUGGCGCAUUAAGGGAAGACCCGUUAAUUAUUUUAAUUUCAUUUUUGAAACUAAAAAAAAUUUCAAUUUGCAAAUGAUUCUGUUCCUCGUAUUUUUGGGUUCAAACCCUAGCUCAUGUGGAUCACGAAGCAAUCUUAUUCAAUAUUAUUCGUGUAUCCAUGUACUAUUAAACUUUUAUUUUUUUAUAGACAUACUAGUAGCACUACUGAGAUGAUCGAAAUUCACUGAAUCACUAUUGAUCUUUAAUAGAGAUAGUUUAGCACACAAUCGUUGUCCGCGACUAUCGCGCAUUGCGAAGUUAACUUUUCUAAUAUUAUGCAAUCCAUUGAUAAGAUAUAUAGCAACCUAUCACAACUUCUUGCAGUACAACCGAAUCGCGGGUUAAAUGACCAACAAUAAAAAUUUGAUGUACCUACUGUCAGAAAGUAGUUCGAAUUAUAAAUUCAUGACAUGUGAACAAUCUUUUAUUAGCCGUUAUCGCAUAAUCGGUUGGAAAGAAAGUGCAAGAGAGAAUGCAAUUCACCUGUUAUGUACGUUUGUAAAUUACUAUAUAUUAUAUAUUUGUUUAGUUAAUUACUCGUAAAUAAUGUGUAAGAUAAAUUACAUUUGUAUAUGAAAGAUAUAGGCGCAUACAAAGGCGCCUCAUAGUAUAUAUUAUUAUGAAAAAGUAAUGAAACUACAUGAGUCAUAAAAUGCCCCAAAAAAAUCUAUUAA